GCGGAGGUGUCAGCGCAAAAUUCACGUUACCUGAGGGUGAAGCCCAGAAGAGGAGGAAGAUUAAAGAAAACAAGUCAGGCAUGGCUCUUUCUCAGACACAGUUGACCAUCGAGGAUGUGGACAUUAAGUUCACUCCAGAGGAGUGGGAAUGCCUCGACCCUGCUCAGAGGGCCUUGUACUGGGAUGUGAUGGAGGAGACCUACAGGAACCUGCUGUCUGUGGAUAUGUCUCAAAUGCAUAUGGUCAAGAAAUUACAAGGAACAAGAAACAGUGGAAAAGGAGAAAUUACUCAAAAAGUGAUGUUGGGAAGAGCUGAAAGCCAUGAAAUCAAAGAUGACUUCCUCGGGAAGAUACAGGAAGCUAUGCAUGAUUUUGAGAGUCUGUGGACAGAACUGUGAAGACUCGUGUCACCUGAGGAAGAAGCCCAGAAGAGGAGGAUGGUGAAAGAAAACAUGUCAGGAAUGGCUCUUUCUUGGGCACAGUUGACCUUCAAGGAUGUGUUCAUAGAUUUCACUCCUGAUGAGUGGGAAUGCCUGGACCCUGCCCAGAGGACCUUGUACAAGGA